AUGACCCGUAAACAACUCAAAUUUGUUGUUGUUGGUGAUGGCGCAUGCGGUAAAACAAGCUUAAUUCUUGCUCAAGCUGGCGGUGAAUUCAUUGAACAAUAUACGCCGACAGCUUUUGAUGAUUAUGCAAUUGAAGCGCUUGUAAAUGGAAAGACGAAAGUAUUAACCGUAUGUGAUACAGCCGGUGAAGAUGAUUACAACACUCUACGACCACUGAGCUAUCCGGAUGCUGAUCUCUUCAUUGUAUGCUAUUCCGUAGAAAGGCCAGAAUCAUUAAAAAGUGUUGCGGAAAAAUGGAUACCUGAGAUACGACGUUUUUGCCCAGAUGUUCCAAUAUUAAUAGUUGGAAAUAAAAAAGAUAUACGAAAUGAAAAUGGAAGAGAAAUGCAAAAAGAAUGUAACAAUGAAAAUUUCAUGCAACAUAAACAAUUUGUAAAUUUUGAUGAUGCAAUUGCAUACGCUAAAGAAUUUUCCGCUCAUCAAGUAAUUGAAUGUUCGGCAAAAACAAAAGAAGGUAUUCGGCAAGUAUUUGAUGCAGCAAUUCGAAUUGCUAUAGCACAUAGGGCUGGAACAAGUCGUCGUGUACUAAAUUCAAUUAUGAAAUUAAAACUUGUUUUUUAA